AUGUCUACUGCUAACUUGAGAAAUGGUGCUGUUUUUAGCAAGCCCAUUGUUGAUAAAAUUGAGCCUUUGCAGUUUCACUUGAAAGAUUCAGACAAAGUAGUCACUGCAUUUGCAGUGCUCUCGCCAGAAGAAGUCCCGGAAUCGCUGGUCGACUUCCUAUACAGCUUAUUCAACAAAGAGCUCGAUGCGGGCCAAACGUACCCGCAAGUAGGCCCUCUGACAAGGGAGCAAUUUGUUGACUAUUGGUUCCAUUCUGCGACUGUAGUUCUGCUUGACACCACUCAAAAGAGCAUUGAUCCAAGCUGGAAUAACUGGGAAGAAUUAGUUCUUGGAACAUUCUACAUCAAGCCCAACUACGCUGGCCGUUGUUCUCAUAACUGUAAUGCAGGGUUUUUGGUCAACCCUGUUUUCCGGGGCAAAAAAGUGGGAUACAGACUUGGCCAGGUUUACCUCAAAUGGGCGCCUCUGUUGGGGUAUAAGUACUCGGUGUUUAAUCUUGUAUUUGUGACCAACGUGGCCAGCUGGAAGAUCUGGGAUAAGCUCAAGUUUUCCAGAAUUGGAUAUAUUCCAAAGGUCGCAGUGUUGAAGGGAUUCGACGAGCCUGUAGAUGCAAUCAUGUUCGGGAAAGAUCUCACAAAUGUGGAACCCGAACUGUUCGAGGACUUGUCUUGA